AUGACCAACUCGGCAGUUCUCAUGGAUAUAUUCACCGAUCAGAGGGAAUCCAGUUUGGCUGCAAUGCUCUGCGAGUGCAUCGUCUCCAUUAAAAUCAAUUUUAAUGAUGGCCUGCCACAGAAAAUGUGUCUCUUGUGCAUUGGAGAUAUACAAACUGCAUUUGCAUUCAAGCGCAGGUGCGAGAAGAGCUAUCAGGUGCUUAGCGAGACGUUAAAGAAAAGUCAAAUGCUAGAUGCAAUAAAGGUAGAAGUACCAGAGGCAGAGCAAGUGGAAAGCAAACUAGAAGAUAAUGAUAGCAAUAACGUAUUCAUCAGUAAUUCCAUUGCUGCACCUAAUCAAAGUCCAUCUACCCUUCAGCUGAAGAGCAAUGAGGUAAAUAUACAGUCAGAAUUGCUGGAAACAGAGAACUGGGAAGUGUCGGAGCCAGAUAUGGAUAUAGGUUGCAUCAAAGUGGAAAAGGAGGUGCAACAAGUUGAAACCAUUCCGCUGUCAGCUAAUCAAAAUGACUUCGAAUCCAAUGCUGCCAUAGGAUACUCGCCUAGGAGAGAGACCAAAAAGGGUCAACUUACGUGUCCACACUGCCCAAAAAGUUUUUCCCAAAAAUGUCAUCUCAAGUCGCACAUUCGCACCCACACGGGCGAGAAACCAUUUAAGUGUCCUCAUUGUCCAAAAGCCUUUAGCCAGGCUUCAAAUCUCCGCAAGCACAUGUGCAUCCAUUCAGGAGAACGCCCGUUUAAGUGUCCGCACUGUACGCGGGAUUUUACGCGCCACACGGACCUUCAGUAUCACGUCUCCACGCAUCCAGGCAAACAGACUUACAAAUGCCAAAGCUGCACUAGAUAUUUCAUUGAAGAGGCCGAGCUUGAGGACCAUAUGCGAUAUCAUAACCGUGAACGUACUUACAAAUGCCAGCUCUGUCCCAGGGAAUAUGUGCUCGCCUGGCAGCUGGCGAGGCAUAUCCGCACGCAUACGGGCGAGCAUCCAUUCAAGUGUCCGCAUUGCCCAAAGAAUUGCGUUGACAAAGGAGAGCUUGGCAGACACAUACGGUCUCACACUGGAGAACGUCCGCACAAAUGCCCACAAUGUCCAAAAGCCUUUACUCGAGCUAGUUAUCUUAAAGCGCACAUGAACACUCAUACUGAAAACGAGUAGACUUUUAGUGUUCAACUGAAAGUUGAUUCU